AUGAACAAAGGAUUUAACCGUAAACGUUCAAGAUAUCAUAGUCAUAAAAUUGACAAAUUUCUCUUACAAGAAUAUGAACAUCGUAAGAAAGAAAUCCAAUUACUUUUGAUUGGCCUACCGAAUUCUGGGAAAAAUACAUUCUGUAAACAACUACGUCUACAUUUCGGUGACGGUUUUCCAACAUCAUUUCGUGUUGACAUGAAAUCUACUAUACUGGCGAAUACAACAGAUGCUAUAGCACUUGUCCUGGAGUAUAUGAAAGAAUCCAACAUCCUGUUCUCAGACAUUUUGGCUCAUAGACUUCAAGAGUAUCUGGUGAAUAGUCGAUCUGAGAAUGGUUGGAUUACAAAAGAUUUCAUCCUCUUCGAACCAGAAUAUAACAAUACCAAUAGUUGUAGUGUAUUUAAACGCCAAGAAGUGACAGUCAAAGCUAAACACAACGAGAAAACAGACCAAAUAAAUAUCCCUAAUUAUCUUAGUCAUAACCCUUCAGUAAUGAGUACGUGUACAAUGGUGGGAUCCGUUGCUACUGGCUCCGCCACGACAACAGAUGUAACCACUGACCAGUCGAAUACUGGUGAUUACUUGAAGCCUAUAAACGACACUUCAACAACUGUCAACAACUUAUCUACAGAAUCAUACAGUUCUAGUUUCCACUUAUCCUCUAAUACGGUUGUCAACAAAGCAAAUACAAAAAGUAUAACAGAUUCAAUUGUUGAACGUUUCCUACUAUACGUCAAUGAGCAUAAUUCCAUACCACCAUCAGUAUUAAAAAAGUUUGAAUCAGUCAUUGACAUAAAAUCCUUCGAUAAUUGGCAAAAUAUAAUUCAUGAUAAGGUCACUUUACAUCACUUGAUACACUUACUACUUCAAAGUGGUAUUGACAACUGGUCAUCAUUUCUAAUGCACAGUUCAACACCACCACCAGCUCCGACCACUUUACCACCAGUCUCUGUUGAAGAUGAAUUAUUAGAUUACAUAGUGACAAGUGAAAGUCUUGACAGUUCAGAAGAAGGUGAGGAUGAUGACGACGACAGUGAAGAUGAUAGAUAUGGUGAAGAUGAAGAAAGUGGAUUAACAAACUCAUCGAAUUCUCCACCCAGAACUUUGGUUAACAGUCCUUCUAGUACUAGAGAAAUUAAGAAUCUGAUAUAUUACAAUGAUAAUGACGAUGAUAAUGAUGAUCAUGCCGACAGCAGUGACCAAGAGGAUAUUGAUUAUGAUGACUGGGAGAACUGUAUUGAUCAUUUGGCUGACCUUAAACAGGCGAUAACUCAAAUAUUAAAGCGCCAGGCAGAUCAUUAA